AUGUCGGCGUCUGCCAAGAAGAAAUCGUCGAACCAUGUUACCGUCAAAGUCAAAAGUCAGGCACAUGAACCAAUUACUCUCGAUGAUAUAUCUGUGUACUUCCGGAUUAAGAAGGACGUUGGGCUCCGUAAGAUGAUGGAAGCUUUUUCAGUCAAAAAAGGAGAAGAUAUGACUGCCUUCGCUUUUCUUUUCGAUGGAGAUCAUAUCAAACCUGAUCAAUCUCCCAAUGAUAAAAGAAAAAGAGUUAGCAGCUUGAGCUUGAAGACGGAGAUGAAAUUCAGGCGUUCCUCCAUCAAUUAG